AUGGGCGGGGUCCCUUUAUACUUUGGUCAUGGAAAUAGAAGCAAGGAAAUCUGUGACUUCAAUGCACUUGACUCCAAAGAUGUUGAAGAGAAGUACAUCUUUUGUGACUUCAACAGCCAGAUAUCAGUGUUUCAACAGUUGGAUGAAAUGUAUAGAACUGGAGCUGCUGGAGCUAUUUUCAGUUCAGACUCAGGACAAUUUCUCCGACCCUGUGACUUUGACAUGCCAUUCGUGACAGUGAUCCCCAAAGUUGGAGACUUGGUGAAGGAAUAUCUAAUAAAAACCAAAAAUCCAACCGUGAGUAUCGAGUUCGUGAUAAUAUUGUUGGGUACUAAGCCGGCACCUCAGGUGGCGGAUUUUCAUCCCGAGGGCCUGGUCUGA